AUGAGCGAUGCUCAAAUAUUGGCCUUGCAGGCUGAGAUUGAUGCUCUCAAAGACAAAGUUUCUGUUGAUGAAAAGUCUUUGAAUCAGUUUUUCCUCGUGGUAAUGGGCUCAUUCGUCAUGUUCAUGCAAUGUGGCUUUGCAUUCCUCGAGGCUGGAGCGGUUCGAUCAAAGAACGUCGUUAACAUUUUAAUCAAAAACGUACUCGAUUGCUUUCUGGGAGCGAUCAUUUACUGGGCUGUCGGUUUUGCUUUUGCUUAUGGUGACACAGACAAAGAUUCCAGCGCUUUCAUCGGAUCAAAAUACUUUUUCUCGAUCUACCACGAAGAUUACGAAAACUACCGAGCAAAUUGGUUCUUUCAAUUCGUUUUUGCCGCCACUGCUUCUACCAUUGUGUCUGGUGCCGUUGCUGAGCGAACCCAGUUCGGAUCGUACCUGAUUUACUCGACUUUUAUUACUGGUUUUGUCUAUCCCGUCGUCUCUCACUGGGGCUGGUCUGGAACCGGCUGGCUGACUGCCAGUGAAAUCACCUCUUUCCGACCUUUAGUUCCUGAUUGCGCAAAUGGAGCACUCACUUAUGGUGGCGAUGCGAUUGGAUUCAAAGAUUUCGCUGGAUCUGGCCUUGUCCACUGUUGCGGUGGAAUCGCCGCUUUGAUCGGCGCCAUCUUCAUCGGACCUCGAACCGGUCGAUUUGAAAAAGUCGGCGACGUGAAGCGCGCCAACAACAUUCCUGGCCAUUCCGUGCCUGUUGCCUCCCUCGGAGCCUUUAUUCUCUUCCUCGGCUUUUUGGCUUUCAAUGGAGGCUCAGUGUUGGCUAUUGUCGACGGUGAGACUGAUAUUGGAGAGGCGCUGGCAAAGUCAGUCAUGAAUACGAUCAUCGGAGGCGCUGCUGGAUCAAUUUUUGCGAUCUCGCUGAAUCUUAUUGUUUCAAUGAUCAACGGUGAGCCUCAGUACUGGUCCCUCCUCGUCUGCAUCAACGGUGGUCUCGCUGGUAUGGUCUCCAUGUGUGCUGCUUGCGAUGCUCUUAACACUGGUGCUGCUUUUGGUAUCGGCGCUAUUGCUGGAAUGACUCUUUACUGGGUUUCUGCUGUUUUGAAAAAGCUUCACAUUGACGAUCCUCUUGAUGCUUUUGCUGUGCACUACGGUGGUGGUGUUUGUGGCAUUCUUUUAUCGCCUAUCUUCGCUGAGUAUGGUAUUGCCUCAGUUCCUGCCUGUACUCAACAAGAAGACAACUUUUUGCCUUUCUGGAAUUCCCAGUGCCCCGAUAACCAAAUCACUCUGAAACGGUUUUUAUAUGACAAGGUCGAAAACAUCUUCGAGUGCGACUAUCUCGCCUACAAACAAUGGACGUGGAAUUUCAUCGGUCUUCUAGCAAUCACUGCGUGGACUGGUGCCAUUUGCAUCGUCAUGUUUGGCCUUUUGUGGUACUUCGACAAGCUCAGAGUCGAAUUGGAUGUUGAAAUCCGAGGUUUGGAUAUCAAGAAACACGGUGAGCCAGGCUACCCGACGGCCGCGUACGGCCACGGCUGGGACGAAGAAGGAAAUGCCGAGGCCGCAAAUCCUUUCUCUGGAAAUGCUGGUGGUGACACUGGCCGACGGGAUGUUAAAUCACUCAUGGGAGGAGGCUUUUACGAAACCUCAUCUGACGGUGGUCUCCUCGCCCUCGCCAAGAGUUACAGAAACUCUCAUUACAAGGCCUCGCCAGCUUCACGACGAUCGUCGCAAAUAAGCCCGGGUGAACAGCGAAAAUCGCUGGGAGAUAUCAACCCCGCGUUAGAUACCGUCCAAGAAGACAAGCUCUAA